AUGUGGGAUCAUAACUUGUAUCUUGCGUGGGGAACCCACACGGAGCCGCGAGGGGGGUCAGGCGGGUUUCUACAGGCACCUGAAGAUGAUCGACGUCGAAGAACAUCAAGGACGAGGACGGCAAGGUCCUUCGGAACCCCAUGUUUAUUCGCCAACGGUGGGCACGGUGGUUCCACAAGCUUCUCAGCACACGCCAAGUCGCCGACCAUUGACCUGCAUGCGGCUGACAAGGUCAAGCGGUGGCCCACGUGCGUGCCACUCGACGACAUCCCAUCUCCACUUGAGGUUGAGGAAGCGGUACAGGAAAUGGCCAACAGAAAGGCCGUCGGGCCGGACGACCUACCGGCUGAGCUGAUCAAGCUUUUCCUGGACGGAGAUCAAGUGCUGUUCAAUAAGGGGGACACGAUGGAGUGCGGCAACUACCGGGGUAUCUCUCGCGUCGCACACGCCGGCGAGGUGCUGCUUAAGGUCGUCGCUACACCACUGAGCCACUACUGCGAGCGAGAGGGCAGCCUCCCGGAGGAGGAGGAGCAGAGCGGUUUCCGCCCACACCGGUCGACGCUCGACAUGCUGUUCGCCAUUCAGCGGCUCCAUGAGCUCGCGAGGAAGAAGAGUACUGCGGUGUUCGCGUGCUUCGUCGAGCUCACCAAGGCAUACGAUUCGGUGGACCGAGACCUACUGUGGGACGUGCUCCGACGCUUCGGCGUGCCCCCGAAGAUGCUGGCGGUCAUUCGCCACUUCCACGAGGGCAUGAGGGCGCGCGUCCGAACGGACGACGGGCAGUACUCGGAAUGGUUCGACGUGGGCCAAGGCCUCCGACAGGGAUGCAACCUGGCCCCGCUUCUGUUCAACUUGUUCUUGGCCGCGAUGCUCAUGGUCGCCGUGGCCGAGUUCGAUAAGGACCCCAAGGUGACGGCGGACAUGGACAAGAUCGGGACACAAGUGGAGUACACGGGCAAGAAGGGCAGGUCGGCGGGGAAGAAGACGACGGUGGCGACGGACGCGGAGGCCCUCUUCGUCAACCCUAAGUGGAGUGCCCUUGUUGUCUUUGUAGAGACUGUAGUGCUUGAGGAUAACUCCGACAACGUAAUCGACCCGGGUUUGAUCCAACAUUCGACCUCGCCCUUCUCGAGCCCUUUGGUAGUCAUACCGAAGAAAUCUGGUGGUGUUCACAUCACCGUCAAUUGUCGUAAGCUCAACAAGCUUUGUGCUUUGAGUCAGCUUCCGAUUCCUCGAGUCGAUGAUACUUUGGACAAGUUGUUGAAAGGGCGAAUUGAUUCCCUUUUCGACAUGAAAUCUUCGUUCCACCAAAAUACGGUGCAUCGCCAUACAAUCCCUUUAACGGCAUUCGUGACAUCUUCAGGGCUUUUCGAGUGGUUGAAGAUGCCUCAAGGCAGUUCGGCUGCCCCUGGGUGGUUUUGCAAAGUUGUCAACGAAGUCAUCAAAAAUCUCCACGGUGUUGCAUCGUACUUGGAUGAUUUGAUCGUCUUUGAUGACACCCCUGCUACUCAUGUUGGUACCAUGCGCGCACUCUUUGAACGCUUGCGUACGCACAACUUGAAACUCACGCCUCCGAAAGCUACUAUUGGCGCUACCAAAGCAGACUUCCUCGGACACACCAUCUCCCCUGACGGCGUUAGGCCUAACGGUACCAAGGUUUCGGCCCCCACCAAAAUUCCUAUGCCCAGGGAUGUCAACCAACUGCGUUCCCUUCUCGGUGGUCUCAGCUACUACCGUAAGUUCCUCCCCAACAUGGCUAAACGCAUUCGACCUCUGACUACUCUACUCAAGAAGCAGGAGAAGUUUAUCUUCACCCCUUCCAUGGAGCAAGCCGUUCGCGUUUUGUUAGCUGAGUUGGCCAAUCCCCCUGUUUUGGUUUAUCCAGAUUGGGAUGCUGUUUCAGACGGCUCGCGACCUUUUCAUCUUUACUGUGAUGCUAGUCGCGAUGGGUUUGGUGGGACUCUCGAACAAGAACAGCCAGAUGGUUCCAUUCGCCCAAUUGUCUUCAUCAGUCGGGCUACUUUGAACUCAGAACGCCACUGGACUCCCCUCGAUCUCAAAGCGGGUAGCAUGGUGUGGUGUAUCAAGCGCCUUCGCGGCUACUUGUGGGGUACAAAAGUUCGCAUUUUUACCGACCACAAAUCUCUCGAGGAUUUUCUAAGGUGGGGGAGAACAAUGCCCGCGUUCAGCGCUGGCUGGAAUUUCUUACCGCCUACAAUUACACUCUCGAGUAUCGCAAGGGUUCCGCAAAUGGCAACGCUGAUUUCCUCUCACGCCUCCCAGUCGCUGCGGCUGAAUGCGACCGUUCGGGUCGCAGCCGUCUGA